UAUUUUUUGUUUUUUUUUUUAUCUUUUCUUCCUUUGCUUCUCAGUCUCUUUGGAUACAAUCAAAACGAUGAAACCCGACGAAAUCAAAACGAUCGAAGUUCUGUCAACUUCUCCGAACUACUUCCGAUGAGAGCAAUCAAUGGAUCAGAAUCCGUAUAGGAGAAGAUCGUCUCCUAUCAGAACCACAACCGGCGGUUCAAAGUCUGUCAACUUCUCCGAACUACUUCCGAUGAAGUAUCUCAGCUCCAGUAAGAUGAAGCUCACGAGAACCUUCACUAGUUGCUUGAUACUUUGCUCUGUACUAGUAGCAUUCUCAAUGAUCUUCAACUACCACCCAUCUGAUUCAAAUCGGAUAAUGGGUUUCGCCGAAGCAAGAGUUCUCGACGGCGGUGGCUUCUCCAAUGUUACUAAAAUCGAUUCAAAUGAUUCUGAUAAGCUUCUCGGAGGACUAUAAGCUUCUGGUUUUGAUGAAGGUUCUUGUCUCAGUAGGUACCAAUCAGUACUUUACCGUAAACCUUCUCCAUAUCUUAUCUCUAAGCUUAGAAACUAUGAAAUGCUUCACAAGUGAUGUGGUCCGGGUACUGAGUCUUACAAGAAAGCACUUAAGAAACUUGACCAAGAGCAUAUUGAUGGCAAUGGUGAAUGCAGAUAUGUUGUGUGGGUUUCUUUUAGCGGGUUAGGGAACAUGAUACUUUCUCUAGCCCCGGUUUUUCUCUAUGCUCUUUUGACGGAUAGAGUCUUGCUUGUUGACCGAGGCAAAGACAUGGAUGAUAUCUUUUGUGAGCCGUUUCCUGGUAUGCCGUGGUUACUGCCUUUAGAUUUCCCUAUGACUGAUCAGUUUGAUGGAUUGAAUCAGAAAUCCUCACGCUGUUAUGGAGGUAUGGUGAAGAAUCAGGCGAUUGAUACUGAGAAAACUUUGUCUUAUCUUUAUCUUCAGGGGACUGAAGCUAGUAUGAUUCUCCAGCUACUAGCUUUCAUAUGUUUCUAUCAUUCUAUGUUUUUUUUUAUUAUUGUAUUCAGUUUUAAG